UAAUUUGGAUUCAUUUUCAUAAAUUUGAGAUGAUUUAGUUUAAUUUGGCUAAACCACAACAACUCAAAAUUAAAGUCAAAACAUAUAUAAAAGCUGCACGAAUCUUUUUGCUAAGAAUUGUUUUUGUUUUAUCCAAAAAUCAAAUCAAAAUUGAAUGUGGUUUCACAAACAAAUAUGAUAAACUUGGAGUUUUAGGAAGUGAAUCAUCGUGAUUGCAGAAACACGUGAGACCAAAAUAUUAAGAACCCUAAUUUAUGAAUAGUUGAUUAUUAAUUACUAAUUAAAAUAUAAAGAGAUAAUUAUAUUGAAAUACUGUGGGUGAUUGGUUAAGAUAUACCUAGCUUCUUUAGCUUUAUUUUACUUUUAAAUCAUUAAAUUUUUAUGAUGUAGCUUUGUUUAAAAAUUUAAAACCUACAUCAUAAAAAUUCUACUAGUCUUUACCGAUCAUGAUUUAGCUUUAUUUAUUAAACUACAAAAAACUCUUUAUGUAUAUUAGACAAAAAUCUUAUAGCUUUAUUAUUUAGACGGUAGAAUCUGUAAAAUGAAAAAAAAAUAUUUAAUAUAAAAUAAAUUAGAUAGUUGUAGGUAAAAUUUAUUACUAUUUAGAUAUUAAUUUUUACUAUAAUUUUAAGGAAUUUAUUUUUGAAUAAUUUUAUAAAUUGUUAAAAAAUUGAAUGACAUAAAAGUCAUUUAUAUAGUAUAUCAAAUAAUAGUAAAUUUCUGAUAAUUCAUAUUUUUUUUAUUAAUAUAAAAUAUUUUAAUUGAGAUAUGUACAUCACACAUCUCAUAUGUUUUAUUUUAAAAUAUCUAUAGCCGAAAACUUAUAGGUAUAACCAGCUUAACUAUAGAAAAAAAUCUCUGCAAAAUAAAAUUUAUCAUAAAUUUAGAAUUACAACAAAUCAUAUAUAAUGAAAAUGUAAUUUUUUACGGCUACAAUCCUCCACACUUGUAUGUGUCUUUCUCAUAUAUUUUUUUCCUUGUCUUAAUAAAAACACUUUGUAAUCCCAAUCAAAUAUUUUCUUAUGAUGAAAGAGAUAUGUCAAAUUUAAAAAUAAAAUAAAUGAAAUCCAUAUAAAAUCUUGAUUUAAUUGCCAUAAAUAGCAAUGCCCACGAGAAAAAAUAAAUGGAAAAGAGCCACCUAUACAUUCCUUAAUUCCUAAAUGCACGAUUGAUGAUUAUACGUGUUUGGUUCCAAACCAAAAACGUAAACUCAACUUUAUGGUUAAACACACAUAAAAACCACGUUCUGCGUUUGGUAAACUAGGAAACUAAAUCAAUCAUAGAUAUACCUUUGAAUAUAACGAAAAGAAAAUAUGUUAAUAUUAAAUAAAAAUAUGUAAAAUUAACAUAGACAAAAUAAUAGUCUUUGCUUACAUAAUUACCAUGAAGCCAGUAUUUACUAGUCAAAAGAGAUUUGAGUUCUGAAUUUACACAGUCAAACAGGACCUAGUAGGUUAAAGUCAUAUCUUUUUAUGGUUUGGUAAGUGACUAAGUGCUACAAAGACUAGAUAUGAUACCCAACUAUAGCAUUUAAUUAAAAAUUAAAUUGAUGCCAAAAAUAAUAAUUAAAACUUAAAUAGCAAAAGCUAUUUUUUAUAUAUAUUAAUGAAAUAAAUAGAACUAUUCAUCCAACGUGAGGCACAAUACAGCCUCUCUUCCUCACUCUUGUGCUAUAGCCUCUUCUUAUUUUCUCUCUAUUGCCUCUUCUCAAUCUUCAACUUCUUCUAUAACUCCUUCUCCUUUGUCCUUUACUAGAUUUUCAUAUCCGUGAGAUUUUGUUGAGGUGUAGAGAUUGUCUUCUUCACUAAGUUAGGGAUAAGAAGGAACCCUAAUUAUCAGCUGGUGAGAUCUUUCAGCUUUAAUCUGAGCUUUGGCUUUCUGUUGGUUCAAACAAGCAAAUGGACCAGUGUCGAUUCUCACAUGGUAGACCCAGGUUUGGAUCUAUCAAGUUUAAAGUUCCAAACUCAUCACAGCCUUUCAUUUCUCAGAAAAGAAAAGAGAUGGAAGAAGAAGAUCAAGCUGAAGAAGAAGCUAAAAGCAUCGGUUUCAGGGAAGAAGAAGAAUGUGAGGAUGAUGAUGGAGCUAAGAGUAUUGAAGAAGAAGAGAAGAAGCAUAUAUGCUGUGAAUGUGGUAAACGUUUUAAGUCAGGCAAGGCGUUAGGCGGUCAUAAAAGGAUUCAUGUGCUGGAAGCUCGGAAAUUUUCAAUGGUGAGACCGAAGAUGGUGGCUGGUGUGGUUGGUAGAUCUGAUGAGAGAGAUGACUUCGAAGUUGAUUGCUGUGUUUGUCAUAAGAAGUUUACAUCGAUGAAGGCUUUGUAUGGACAUAUGAGGUUUCAUCCAGACAGAGGAUGGAAAGGUGUUUUGCCUCCUCAUCAUCAUCAUCCACUUGAUCAUGAUGGUGGUGAGUUUAUAAGCUCUGAUUAUGAUGAUGAUGAUGAUGAUGAUGAUGAUGAUGGUGAUCAUGAGGAUGAUGAUGAUGAUGAGAACUCGGAGUUAUGGGAUAAUCAUUGGGAAUUGGAUAACGUGGUUGACCUUAAGGACUCAAUCAAAGGAUGGGCGGUGACAGGAAAGAGAGGAAGGAGAAGUGCUUUGAAGGAUCCACCACCAGAAGAUGUUGAUGCUAAGGAUCUAUUGUUCUUAGCUACUACAGCAGAAGCUGUAGAUCUCGAUGCUGCAGAGACUUGUGAUUCACGCUCGGUUGAAGAGAUGAUGAAGAAGAGGAAAAAGAAGAGGAAAAGAUUGUCUGAGAUGGAGAAAGAAUCAACAUCUAGUCAUGAUCAUCAUCAGCUUGAGGUUGGUGCUGCUUCUGCUGCUGAGGAAGGUGGUGGUGGUGCACGUGAGAAGCACGUGUGUGUGACUUGCAACAAGUCGUUUGCUUCUUAUCAAGCUUUAGGAGGUCAUAGAGCGAGUCACAACAAGGUCAAGAUUUCGGAGAAUCAUCAAGCUAGGGCUAACAGUGAAGCUUUGUUACUUGGAACCGAAGCAAUGAUGACCGGUUUAGCUAGUGCUCAAGGACCAAACACUUCUUUGAGCAUUGGCAAUAAGGGAGAUCAUGUUUGUAACAUUUGUCAGAAAAGUUUCACAACAGGUCAAGCUCUUGGAGGUCACAAGAGAUGCCACUGGCCUGGACCAACUUCUAAUGAGGCUGCAACCGCUCCUGUACCAGCUUCUAAUGAAUCUGCAACCACUGCUCCAACCCCUCUAGUAGCAUGUUCUUCUAGUCAAGUAACAGAGACAGUGCAAGAGGAGAAGAAAUUGAAGAGAAAGUUUCUAGAGUUUGACUUGAAUGAGUUGCCACCUAAUGAAGAGUAAGGAGUGCAAGAAACGUAUAUAUGCAGACAAGUAAGCUUUUUUUUAAUUUUUAUAAACUCCAAAAAAAAAGUAGAAGGAAAAAGAAUAUGAAUUUAGGGAGUAUCUCAUGGUAAAAAGAGUUGUUGACAUUGUAAUCUAAGAAAAGAGAGAAAGAUACUUUUGGUUCUUGGCUCUUGAGAUUCUUGGUGUUUGGCUUUUUAAUCUAAUUUGGUGGGGUCUCUUGUUAAUUUGAUGUGAGGAUUUACAUACUCUUUUGUAUUCUUCUCUCAAUCUUUGAUUUUUCUUUCUUCAUUGUGCUUUUGGAUUCACAUAAAGCAUGAUGGUUUAAAUUGACCAAAGUUUCAUAAAGUAUAACUAUCUUAUUCAUCUCACUAGCUAUCUUAUCUUUCUCUUUUCUUCUUUUAAAAACAAAUGGUUUCUCCAUAACUGUAUUGGAUAAUCAGAUAUUUUUUGUGACGAUUUGAUGAUGAUUAAUAGUAGAAAUUGCUGCAGUUUAAUCGGAAUACUGAACUUUUUUUUUUUUUUGUCAUCAAACAAAAUUUAUAUUUUCAUAAUCUAUAUUUGUAGAAUAGUGGUACACUAUGAAAUGAUAUGGUUCAAGUUCAUAGUGGAAAAAUUCCAACACACUGGUGGUAUAUUAUUUUAUUUUCUUUACAAUAUCUUAGCAUUAUAUGACAUAUCGCAAAUUCAAGUUUUGAACCACAUCAACAGUUGAGGUAGAUAUAAACAAAAAAAGGAAUCAAAUCUCUAUCCUCUUGUAUUAAGAAAGAAUCUAAAACAAUCUCUCUCUCUCUUUACCAACUUGUAAAUAAUUUGGAGUUUACAAAUCCAGAGAUCAUCAGUAAGACACCUAAUGACUCUGCAUGAAUCAUAUCUAGUUAUAUAUAUAAAACAAAUUAUUCUGUUAUUCAUUGUUGGUUUGGUCUAAAAUUCUUAAAGACGUGGGUGCAUUGUUAAUUUUCUGGAACAAACCAACAUUUAGAUGGCUGUUUAUAGUCAAUUGUCAAAGUCAUCACUUGCCGCUAAUGACAUAAGACCAAUUCUGUAGUGUCAUCAGAAACACCACACAAUAUUCUCACAACUAAAUUGAAUUAGUCUUUUUUAUCUAUUCUAUUAAAAUACCAGUGUGACCAAUUGAUAAAAUUAGGGUCCAGCUUAUUAAAUAAUUAUAUCUAAAUAUCAUAUAAGUAUAUAACCGCCUUCUAAAUGUAACUGCCUCUACAUAAUUUUAGUUUUGGACUAAUUACCCAUUAUGUGGGCCAUCAUUACUUACGUUAAUAAAACUUACAUUCUAUACUGGUCGAAUCUUAUUGUAAUUUCCUCCCUCUUUAGUUCCAAUAUUUUCGAAGCUCACUUCUAUCGAAUACAUAUAAUGAUACUUUACAUAAUGCAUUUGAGCGUGUGAUGACAAAAUACUAUUAUACUAGGAUAAGAACUUCGCCUUGCGCAGGGUGAGUUU